GGGGUGUAGAGUAUGGUGUGGAGUUGUGUACCGUUUAUAAACCGGAUGAUAAGUAUAUCUUUAGUUUUCUUUUGCAUCGGUUUCGCGCGCGUUAAGUGCCGUUAAUGAACUGCCUUUAAUGAACCUGGGGAUGGCGAUAUUUAUUUUGUGUGUGUGUCGGCUAAAAUGUAUCUCAAUAGCUCCGCCUACUCGUAACAGUCAUCGACUACCUAAAAAAAAGCCAUGCCACAAAAUAUUCAGGAAAGACUGUAAAUGUCAUUAAUUUGCAGAAGAGCAUCAAACAUGCAUGAUAACAUACAACGAAGUAUCUUACACAAUAUUGACACAAAUCAUUCACGCACCAGAAGACCCAUAAUGCAGUUGUGCCAAGGUCGCCUACUCCAUGCACAGUUUUGUGCUUAUUAGCUGGUUAUCCUCCUUUUCCCGUGGUUGUUAUGUUUUCGAAUCUGUCAGCUGAUAAGAGGAUUAAGAAGCACAAAGCCAGAAGGACGAGGUUGUACUACAUGUUUCUUUUCAUGUCUUGUUUUAGGAGCCACAACCAAUCUGGCUACAGUAACCAGACAGAGCUGCUUUGUACUUUUUCAUUCUAAGGUGAAUGUCACAGAGCCUCAGAUUGAAGCUGGUGACAUUGGUGACUUUAUAUAACUCUUUUAUUAUCAGACUUCCAAUUGUAUGUAGAGGGUUGUGGGCUUCUACCCAAGUAUUGGCAUCAUCACAGAAAUUCACUAGAUGGAAUGUAGAAUUCAGCUAUAAGAAGUUUUCUGUGACAUACAUUCCAGACACUUCCAACAAGAUUUUCUUCAGAUGUGUUACCAGUAGUUCACAGUGUAAUCCAGUGUCUUUGGGCUCCUUCAAAGAUUCCUGUAAAAAUACUUCCUUCAUCCAACACUACUGCACUGACAUGGCAGACAACAAAUAUGUUGUGGGUUAUGCUAAACUGGGAACCUCAGGCUGCAAAAAAUGUAAGCAGAAGAUAGCCAAAGGUGCACUCAGGAUUGGAAAACUUGUUCGUAAUCCAUUUGGCAGUGAUGGUGGUGAUAUGAAACAGUGGCACCAUCCCAAUUGUAUCUUUGAUACAUUUCAACGAGCACGUCCAACAACUAAAAAAAUAGAGGAGCCUGAUGACAUGGAGGGAUUUUCGGACCUCAGACAGGAAGACAAAAACAGUCUCAUCAAAUUAAUUAACGACUUUGCCCAGUCAUCUCCCAAAAAGAAACUGCCAAUUUCACCUUCUAAACAGCAAGAUAACAAGUCAGAGGUUAAUGAUGAUGAGCCCAGCACUAGUGGAACAACAUCUGGUGGUAGCACCAGUAACCUGGAUCCUAAUGUAGAGAAGGAUAACUCUUUCCGCGAGUUCCGUCGGCUGUGUGCAGACAUUGCAGAGGAGAGUAGUUACACUAGGAAGACACAGCUGGUCCACAACUACAUAGCCUGGGGUCACAGUGGCACUGGUUUCCAAGGUGAUCUUUACCUUCUGCUGAAACUACUGCUUCCUGGGGUGGAGAAGACAGUCUAUAAUCUUAACAACAAGCAGCUGGUUAAACUCUUCCAUCAGAUUUUUGGGGCUAAUCUGCAAGAGAUGAUUGAGCACUUGGAACAGGGAGAUGUUGCAGAGACCAUACGAUUGGCUUUUGACCAUAGUCAGCUAUUGAUGCCACAGAAGAAAAGCACCCUUAGCUUACAAGAGGUGGACUCUAUGUUGGCCACCCUGGCUCAGUUCACAAGAGAAGAGGACCAACAGAGGAUGCUGACAAAAAUUGCUGUCAGGUGCACAGCCAAUGAUCUGAAGAUGUUCAUCCGUCUCAUCAAGCAUGACUUGAGGAUCAAUGCAGGUGCAAAGCACAUUCUGGAUGGUCUUAAUCCUGAUGCAUAUGCAGCUUUCCAGGCUUCUCGCAAUCUUCGUGACGUCGUGGAGCGUGUCAUGCACAACAAGAAGUCGGAUGAUGAGGGAAAGCCGGGGCCAUCCAGGAAACUGUCGGUGAGAGCAUCUCUGAUGACACCAGUGCUGCCAAUGUUGGCUGAGGCAUGCAAGUCUGUGGAUUAUGCUUUCAAGAAAUGUACCAAUGGGAUAAUGGCGGAGAUCAAAUAUGAUGGUGAACGAGUGCAGGUGCACAAGAGAGGAAAUGAUUUCAGGUAUUUCAGCCGCAGUCUCAAACCUGUCCUUCCUCACAAGGUAGCGCAUUUCAAAGAGUUUAUCCCAAAGGCUUUUCCCAAUGGCACCGAUCUCAUCCUGGAUGCUGAGGUUCUUCUUAUUGACACAACAACAGGCAAGCCAUUGCCUUUUGGUACACUAGGUGUGCACAAGAAAGCAGCAUUUGCUAACGCUAAAGUGUGCCUGUUUGUCUUUGACUGUCUCCUCAUCAACGAUGACAAUCUCAUGGAAAAACCCAUGAGAAAGAGGAGAGAGAUUCUGGAACACAACAUGACAGAGAUCCCACACCGAGUCAUGCUGUCUGAAGUUCACAGUAUCCAGCAACCUGAAGAACUGCAGGACCUGAUGACGAAAGUCUUCAGUGAAGGUCUGGAAGGGCUUGUGCUCAAAGAUGCAAAUAGCUUAUAUGAACCUGGCAAGCGUCACUGGCUGAAAAUGAAGAAGGAUUAUUUGCAUGAGGGCAAAAUGGCUGACUCAGCUGAUCUCAUUGUCCUGGGAGCAUAUUAUGGAACUGGAAAUAAAGGAGGCAUGAUGUCCAUCUUCCUGAUGGGCUGCUAUGACCCAGAUACAGACACUUUCUGCACUGUCUCCAAGUGUGGAAGUGGCCUUGAUGACAAGACACUGGACGAGUUGCAAACGCAGCUGGACAUGGUCAAGAUAAGCAAGGACCCCAGCAAAGUGCCCCCCUGGCUCAAGAUCAAAAAGCAGGUGCUGCCAGACUUUGUGGUGAACAAUCCAAAAACGUCUCCGGUCUGGGAAAUCAUUGGGGCAGAAUUCAGCAAGGCGGAGGUCCACACAGCUGAUGGAAUCUCAAUUCGCUUUCCUCGAAUUCAGAAGUUCCGUGAUGACAAAACUUGGAAAGAGGCAACUGACUUGCCCCGCCUGAAGCUGCUGUAUACAGAAUCAAAGAAUAAAUCAGACUUGCAGUUUCAUAUUAAGCCUCGCAAGCGGUCUGAUGAAGGAAGUGAUAAUGAAGGCAGUGACGAUGGCAAUAAUGAGGAUAAUGAUGAAGACAGUGGUGAAUGGAAGAGGACAUUAUCUAAAGCAUCAGCCCGUAAAAAGGCAGCGAAAAGAAAAGCCUCUAGCAGUGACUCGCCAGAAAAAUCACCAGAAAAAAGGAACAGGCCUACGUGUAAGUAUGGAGCUAACUGCUACAGCUUGAAUCCAUUCCACCGCAGAUUAUUUAACCAUCAAUCACCAGAGCAAUCAGCCAACAAGAUUACAACCUAUUUCACCAAAACAUCAGACUCCCCUUCAUCUUCACCUGCAAAAGGCGGGGUAAAGACUCUGCCUAUAGCAUUUCGUGGUUGCAAGAUAAUCCUGCCUAAGAGCACUGCAGACUUCAGGUAUCUCAGGCGCUACAUCCUGGCAUAUGACGGUGAUCUGCUUCCAGAAUAUGAUGUCCACGUUGCCACACAUAUCGUCGCUACUGACAGUUCACAAGUGCCCGACAAGGGAGAGAACACAGAACUUGUGACACCAGCCUGGUUGUGGAGAUGCAUCAGAAAAGGGAAACUUGUGCCCACAACCAGAUAUAAACCUUCGUGAGGAUCAGAAAAUGUUUUUACAAGUGAGCUGGAAAACCAAAAGGGACGAGAUGGAGAAAGGUUUCAAGGAAAUUGAUUGCAUUUGAUAUACGUGUGUGUGUGUGUGUGUUUGCACGUGUGUGCAUGUGUGUAUGCAUGAGAGAGAACAAGGAUGAUACAUUUGCCUGCAUUGGUCAGUAAUUUGAUUUAUUGUAGAGGAAAUGUUUUCAUUACAAGAAGUAUUGCAUCAUACUCAUUUGUUUUGAUUAAAUUCAAAGUGGCUCAGUCUUUGUAGCAUGUCAUGAAAUAGUAUAAAACUUGUUUUAUGUGGUAGCUUUAACCAUGAGUAGACAAAUCUAUUUGUAUUCAUGCAUGCAUACCGAAGAUGCUGUCGAUGUCAGCUAAUAGAACAGAAAUCUUACCAGCCUUGGAUUUUAAGUUUGUUUUCAACUUCUCUGUGUGAGAGUGACGCAAGGUCCUUGUUACAUUUUUAACCUCUGCCUGUAGUUAUUAUUAAUCUGAUCUUUUUAGGGGAACCGCAAAGGGUGAAUAUCUGCUAAAGUCAACUUUAAUUACUGGCAGAGUGUAGUGGGGAGGCUGUGCACACCCCUGCGUGGGGUGUUGAGCGAGGUUAGUGUUAUGAGCGUUGGUGCGAGCGAGAGAUGGGGAGGAGACGUCCGGGCAUGGAUGACUAUCAGGUACAGACGAAUACAUUAGUGAUAACGACAUUCUCCUGUCACUCACUAGCGAGGAUGCAUUAGCUAGAUGAGGUUCUGUCUCUCACUAGUCAGCUACAUAGAUACAUUAGCGUGAUUACAUCUCUCGUCACUCACUAAGAUUUAGUCUUUAGAGUGGAGUUAUAGUUCACACAGCCCCACUUCUUCCUAAAGAGUUAAAAAGCAGCGGCGAAGAGAGGAAAACGGAGAAAUUUUCGUGAGGGGAUGUUUUCUUUGGAAGUGGGUCCUCCACGUUGCUGUCUGCGAGUUGAUUGGUUGGUGUUCUAGGGGACACGUUUAGAAUUGCCCAUGUUCGAGGCUGUUGGAAAAAUUCUGGAACUGCUAAUGCAACAACUAUGUCGCAUUGUGAAUUUGCCACGUCAGAGAGUUGGAGGCACUGUUGGAACCACAGAUAGUAAAAGAUGUUAGUCGCACGGUGCGUGCAACUGGAGGCCGAUUCAUCGCCGAGUCAGUUAUGUAGGAGUCACGAGGCCGAUGACGUCAGCCCCGACUUGACUUUCUCCAGCCAGUCGCCGAGGAAAGGUGUUGAAGAUUAACUUCUGGAGAAGAGAUGGGAUCUUCACCGGCUGUGACUAACUCGACUCAUGUCAUCCAGUAAUAAUAGCACGAUCUUAACAAGCCUUUUGCGCGUGCACGAUGAUCUGCUAAAGGUUAGUAAAGGUUCGAGGUGUAAAUACACACAUUCUUUUGACAGAAAUUGUUUUACAUAAAUAUUCCAUUGAUAAGGAAGUGUGUCUUCUACUUUUAAAAUUCUGUCAACAUUUCGUUAAGACAGAUUCGCCACUGCACAUGCGCACGCGUCAGUUGUAGCUGUUACUGGCGCCCAGCACCGCCAUCAGGAAGAGCCAGCCAUCUAUGUACAGCCCCACUUCCAUCACCUUCAAGGAACUAGGGAGUGCAGACACUGCUUUGGCUGUGUGUUCUCGUGUCGUGCAAGCCACAAGUUAGCCCGUCUGCCUUAACGAAGCCCAGACGAACCUCCAAGUAUCCGCGAUCACCAUGGUAACCUUUCUCCUCAAGCCGGCAGGCAGCAUUUGCAUUGUUUCCGGAACCUGAUCAGAUGCGGUCAGCAGCUCCCAAAGUAGUAUUGCAGUAGAUAUCGAUGAGCGUAGAUCAGCUCCGGAGAAAAAUAACAUGGAAUUCCGGACCACUUUGCCUUUGCGUGGCAAACGACCAUCUUUUGCGGUAGGAACUCUAUCAGCAUAAACGAUGACCUUACGGGUAGGGUCGAGUGUCGUCUCGCGGAGUCUCGAGGUUUAUCGGCGACGUGGCGUCUCGGAGAUGGUAGCGUGUAGACACGUGGUCAGAACAGCGCUCUUUACGGUGAUCGUACCCGUCACUGCAACUCUUCGUCUCUUGUGGAAACUCACAUCAUCCUUCUAGAAUGGACCGUAGACCAUAAGAUGCAUAACACACAUAUGUAUAUAUAAUGUAUAUUAUUUCCCAUGUCGGUUUUCCUAUUGUCGGUGCUGUCAGUAAUAACUGCCGGUAAUUGUAAUAUCAAUGUUUAGUGUCUUUAGCGGUAGCUGUCAGGUAUCAUCAGUCAGUAAUAACCGUCAGGUGUGAUCAUCGUAUCGGUAGUAAUAACUUUCAGAUAUCAUUGUAUCGUUUGAUACUUCCAUGUAUCACCCUUGUAUCAUCAGUAAUAAUAUCAUCAUUGUAUAGUCAGCAGUUGCUGUCGGUUAUCGUCUUUGUACUCUUAGUAAGAACUAUCAUGUAUCAUUGUAUCGUCAGUAAUAAUUAUCAUGUAUCGUCAUUGUAUAGUCAGUAAUAGUUGUCGGUUAUCGUCAUUCUACCGCUAGUAAGAACUGUCAUGUAUCAUUGCAUCGUCAGUAAUAGCUGUCAGUUAUUAUAUUGUUAGCAGUAAUAACUCUCGGUUAUUAUCAUUGUAUCGUCAGUAAUAGCUGUUGGUUAUCAUCGUUGUAUCGUCAGUAAUAACUAUCAUAUAUCACCAUUGUGUCGUCAGUAAUAGCUGUUGGCUAUCAUCGUUGCUAGUGUUACACCUCGUGAGUAGUUUUGCAUAUGAACUUCUCCUGUUUAUGUAUAUUGACCUCCAUGAACAUACUGAUCAGUUCUCCAUGUUUGAUAGUUUGCUCUUCGCUGUUGUAAUUACUCAUCGUCACUGUUUUAUAUACCAGUCCUCUCCAUGUUUUACACCAGUCUUCACUCAGUAGUUGAUACAUAAAUCUUUACUGAAUGAUUUACUUAUUAUCUUUGUUUUUCAUGUUAGUCUUCACUCCAUUUUUCAUGCAUCAAUCUUCACUCAGUGCUUUGCAUGCACUUCUUUCUCAUUUUUUCUGUCUCUCAUCCACCCACCCUUCCUUCUGUUCUCAUUUAAAUCCAAGUUUGAAUUUUUUAAAAUAUGAGACUGCGUGAGCGUGGGAACAUGAAAAGACAAAAAUGUAAGGAGGGCCAGUGGUGGGGCGUGAUCAACCCUCCUGAUGAAAUGAAUUAAAACUUUAUAUGCAAGUAAACAGAGAGAGAAUAAACCAUAUCGAUCUUCCUUCUAAUAACCUGCGGACCAUGAAAUUGUUAUCAGCUGGCGCCAAGAAAAGUCUUGAAAAUGAGCUUCAUAUUUUAGGCCAGCGAGCUGCCCCAACCCACAUUCAUCAUGUUUUCUUCUCUCUUUUUUUAAACGAGUCUAA